AUGGCCACCCCACCGCUCGCAGACGAGGCCUCCCGCGCCGCCGUCUCCCCCCGCCUGAUCGAAUUCUGGCAGCGCUUCCAGGCCCUCGCCCCCGCCGGCGCGCGCGGCGCGCUGUCGAUCCGCGACCUGCUGGCAUGGGUGUCAUUCGUGAACGCGACAGCCGGAAAGCUGGGCCCCCUGGCGGCGUAUGCGCACGGCGCGCACCUAACGCUGCUGGACGGCUUGGGCUUGGGUACCGGCCUGCCGCCCGCCUCGCUGGCCGCGCUGCGGCGGCGGUGCGAGCAGCUGCUCGCCGCGCAGCUGCCGGAGGCGGACCGCUCGGCGGCGGAGCGGGCGGCGGGGCGGCACAUCGUGGCGGCAGAGGGCGACGAUGCGGAGGAGCAGACACCCCCGCCCGGCUGCUGCGCAAGGCCGUGCUCCUGGAGGGCUCCCCCGGCGUCGGCAAGACCAGCCUGGUCACGGCGCUCGCCAAGCACGCGGCGGCGCCGCUGGUGCGGAUAA